AUGAGCCGCUCGGGGCAGCCUCCGGAUCUCAAGAAGUACAUGGACAAAAAGCUUCAGAUUAAGCUGAAUGCAAACCGUGUCGUUAUUGGCACACUUCGUGGAUUCGACCAGUUCAUGAAUCUGGUGGUGGACAACACUGUGGAGGUCAAUGGAAAUGACAAGACAGAUAUUGGAAUGGUGGUUAUCAGAGGAAACAGUGUUGUCAUGAUCGAGGCACUGGAGCCAGUUGCCAAGUCGCAGUGA